UCUUUGUCUUGUUCACAGCUGACAGUCGGAAUCUUGCAGUGUGCUGACCUGAUCUCCAUGGACUCUGGGGGAACGUCUGACCCAUAUGUUAAAGUCUUUAUUCUGCCAGAUAAGAAGAAGAAAUUUGACACCAAAGUGCACAAAAAGACCCUCAAUCCAGUGUUCAAUGAAAGCUUUGUCUUCAAGAUCCCAUACCAGGAGCUGGGUGGGAAGACUCUGGUCAUGUCUGUGUAUGACUACGACCGUUUCUCAAAGCAUGACAUCAUCGGUGAGAUCAAACUACCCAUGAACACAGUCGAUCUGGGUCAGCCGAUCGAAGAGUGGAGAGAUCUGGAUAGUGCUGAAAAAGAGGAGCCUGAGAAACUUGGCGACAUCUGCAUCUCUCUGCGUUAUGUUCCUACUGCUGGAAAACUCACCGUCUGCAUCCUGGAGGCGAAGAACCUGAAGAAGAUGGAUGUGGGUGGUUUGUCUGACCCAUAUGUGAAGAUCCAGCUAUUGCAAAACGGCAAGCGCCUGAAGAAGAAGAAGACCACGGUGAAGAAGAAUACUUUGAAUCCGUAUUACAAUGAGUCCUUCAGCUUUGAGAUCCCACUGGAGCAGAUGCAGAAAAUCAUCGUAGCGGUGACCGUCUUUGACUACGAUAAGAUCGGCAAGAAUGACGCCAUCGGAAAGAUCUUCAUCGGAAGUAAAGCCGCAGGCACAGCUCUGAAGCAUUGGUCCGAUAUGCUGGCGAACCCACGCCGACCCAUUGCUCAGUGGCACCCGCUUCAACCCGAGGAAGAUAUCGAUGGUGCUCUCGCUGCUCUUUGGGCUAAGAAGUAACUUCUCACAUCUCGGCCCGACUAACCAACUAACUAACCAACCCUCCACUGCAUGACACCCCACACCCAUCUGUACGCGCUCUUCCAGUUCAUUUCACGUAAUCGCCAACAGACACUUGAUGUUCUGAAGAAUAUACUUGAAAAAAUGAACAAUAUCACAUUUUUUGCCACUUAGCGUAAACCGAGGCGGGAAAAACUGGCAAAUAUGACACGCAAAACAUUGGUCUGGAGAAACAUUUUCAAAUGAUGUGCGGCUAAACAACAGAGGCAAUAGAUGUUACAAUCUGCAUUUUUUUUUUUUAUAUAUCACAUCAUUAAUUUUUCACAGUUUUGCCAAAUCAAUGAAGCAUUAAGAAUAGUCCAAAUAAAAAAUGAAAUAAAAAAGGUCGAAACUUUGGAUUUAGUAACGCACACUUAAAAUGCUGGGUCAAAAAGGGAAGAACCACCCAAAGUUCUGAGUUGGUUUAACCAAUUGUUGGGUAAAAAAUCUACAUUUUCUGGGUUACUUUAACUCAACAGUUUGGGUUUGUCCCUUUUAAACCCAACGCUGGGUUAAAAAUAACCAGGCAUAUUUUUUAGGGUGCCCUAAAAUAGACAUUUUGGUUAAAAAAUGUGUAGUUCAGCUCAUGAACAGGACAGCGAGUUGGUAUUUUGUGCCUAAAAAAGUACAAACAAUCCUGAGUUUGUUACAUAUAUAUCUAAGUGAUUUUCAGAUGCACAAUUAUUAAGGAUCACAGUUAAAAUUAAGUCACACUAAGUAGUGCAGGACAUUGUUUACAUUGUCAAAAAUAUUAGGCUGCUGCGUUUGUCUUAAAUAAAAAAGACUUUUAGUCUUGGUAAAACCUGACACUACAUUUACAUGGCCAAAAGAAACAAAAUUUAGAUCUAUGAUCUAUGAUUGUAACAGAUUGUGGCAAUAUACAUUACAUGUUAAAUGAAUAAAGCAUGGUUUACACAUACUGUAGUCUGUGUAAAGACAUAUAGAUAUAAACACAUUUACUGUAAUUUUACAGUUACAGCAUCAAAUCUUUUACUUUCAUAACCACGAGCCCAUUGGGCAAACGUUGAUCCACAUCCUGACUGAAGCUGGCUGUGAAUGUACAGUGAGAUCCUACCAAAUCUCAAACCUGUGUUUCCAUCAUCUCUGUGCACUUCACACACUUCGAGUUUCUGGUUUACAUCACUGCCUUGUUUGUUCGGAGCGAAACUUAACCGAGUUCAAGUCUCUGUGAUGCCAAAGUAUUAACUCCAGUGAGAUGGUAAGAGGCCGGGUUCACCUGCACUUCAUCGAGUUACACAUCUACAAAAAAGCAAUCGUCCGCGCAGUCAGCACAUACGACUACACCCCAAACUAUGCGUGUGUAUAUAUGCAUUGAUCAAAGUUGUUUCUACAGCAUGUGUCUAUAAAUCGAUGUACAUAGAAGCAUGUUUUAAAGAUAGAGCAUAAUUAUAUUGUGUGUGUGACAUUUGUCAUUUUGAUAAUAAAAUGUAGAGGAAAAAAUGCACUGAAUGCACAUUUUAUGAAAUUUCCCAGAAGGGGUAUAAGAUAUAAAGAAAUAUAUUCAUAGGGUUUUUCAGAAUACUUUUAAAUUUGCAACAGGGAGUUAUAGGAGCUGUGUGUUAGACUUACGCUCGUGGUGUCCUUUUGAAUUUUGAUUUUCUUUCUAGUGUCCUGUCAGCGUGUAUUUGUUAUGUGUUAUGGUUAUUUAAAAAUUCAGAGGAAAUAUCUGUUCAGGUUGUGCAUUGUCAAGAAUGUCUGAAAACAUUCAGAUCAAAAUCAAAAGAAAUAAAGAAAAUGAAGUCUAUUAUAAGAUUAAGAUAGCUUUGUCACCUCAUUUUUUUCACCAUGUCAACUUGUUACCAUACCAUGGAUGUUUUACUUUAUUUUCAAAACUCACAGAUUGUCAUCUGAUCUCUUAUUGUAAUUGUAAAUGACUUUUAAUCAACAUAAAAACCAUGUAAAUAGAAUAUAAUAUAAAUACUUUACUAUUUAAAUAAAGUAUCGCUUUGGUUGUUGUUUGCAUAGCAAUAAUACGAUUUUUUUUUAUUUUGGGGGUAUAUGUGCUUAGUUCUUAAAUCUUUGUGGUCCAAAACUGUGGUCUAGUUUCCAUCAAGCAUAUGUGAUCUCUUAUUUCUUUUGAUUUUGAGGUGAAAUAUAAACCUGAUGGGUUCUGUGAUGAAUGUACCGGGUGCAAAUCUCAUCCAAAAACAGAAGCCAUAUGUGUGACACAAAGAUUUCACUACAGCACCUCAACAGAAGUCAAUAAUAUUUUAUAUGCAUUUUAGCCAAAAGUGUUUGAGAGUAAAACCUACGCUCUUAAAAACAAAGGUGCUUUAAAGGUUCUUCACAGUGAUGUCAUAGAAGAACCAUUUUUUACUUAAAGGGAUAGUUCACCCAAAAAUGAAAAUUAUGUCAUCAUUUACUCAGCAUCAUGUUUUAAACCUUUGAGUUUUUUAUUUUAUUUUGAUGAACAUAAAAUAAGAUAUUUUGAUAAAUGAUGGUAAGCACACAGUUAAUGGUACCCAUUGAAUUUCAUUUGUUUUGUAAUGGUUACAAUCAGCUGUAGUACCGAGCACCUAAGGUGACAUUGGAGUAAAAAAAUCUAAAGUUUAGUUUCAUGUGCUCAUGCGAAACCUUCAUGUGCAGAAUUUUUUUUUAAAGUUUAGUUUCGCGUGCGCACGUGAAAGUAUCGCGUGCACACGUGAAACUUUCGUGUGCGUACAUGAAACUUUUGGUUUCACGCGUGCACGCGAUAGUUUCACGUGCGCGCGAUUGUUUAACGUGCGCUCGAAACUUUCACAUGCGGGUGCGAGUUUGCAAUGUGCAAUAGUUUCACGUGUGCACGCGAUAGUUUCACAUACUUUCAACUUUAUUUUAUUUUUUUUCCAUGUCCCCUUAGGGGCUCCGUAGCUGUGUGCUUAUCAUCAUUUAUCAAAAUAUCUUUUUUGUGUUCAUCAGAAAAAAAAAUUCAUACAGGUUUAUAACAACAUGAGGAGGAGAAAAUCAUGACAGAAUUUCAUUUUUUGGUGAACUAUCCCUUUAAUGUUCCUAUAAUAUAAAGAACUCUACAAAGAACCUUUUGUGAAACAGAAAGGUUCUUCAGAUGUUAAAGGUUCUUCAUAAAACUAUUCAGCCAAAAAUGUUUCUUCUGUGGCAUCAUAAAGCACCUUUUUUUAUGUUCAUAGACAGUAAAGAUGUUUUUGUUCAUAUAUACUCUCUUAAAAAAAAAAAUUCUGGCUGUGUGGUUCCAUAAAGAAUCUUUAACAUUCACCAAAUCUUUCAGUUCUUUGCAGUGAAAAAGAUUUUACAGACUUUAAAAUGGAAAUGGUUCUUUGGGGAACCAAAAAUAAUUCUUAUAUGACAUCACUGCGAUCACCACCUUUAUUUUUAAGAGUGUAUAUAUAUAUAUUCACAGUAAUUGAAUUGAAUAAAGGUGUUGACCUUGUGUUUACAGUACAGUAUAUGACAAAAAUAAUUGACAGUAUAUUUUACAAUAAACAUGCAUUGAUUAUAUUCACAAUUGCUUGCAAUAAUAAAAGAAACAUGGUCAGAAUUGGAGAUCCUGUUGUACACUGGCAUGACUUUAUUAUGCAAUGUGUGUGUACUUGAUUGUUAUUUUGUAUUUGUUUGUGAUGAGAGAUUAUUUGCUGAACACUGUAACUGCACCGUAUGUUAAACAUCUAAUACACAAUUGACUGUUUAAUGAAUGUCUACGAGAGAAAAGCAAGAUAUGCAGAUGAAUCAGGAUUGUCUUUGUGGCCAUUCUAUGUUUGGAAUAAUUUUGCAUCCAAUUGUCUCGUUGUUGAAUGUAUGAGCUUUCCACCUUAAAUCCUUUGAGUUUUUUAUUGAAUGUCAGGUUUGUUGUAUUCGUGUGCUUAUUUCUGAUACGUUCAACAGCCUCGGACUGUGUGCUGCUGCCUAUAGGAAUAUUCGUCCGCUUCUAUGUGUUGUACUUUGUGAUAGGACCAAUGUAGAAUAACGUCUCAAUGUGUCUUCUGUGACCGUGAAUUAAAACUGCAGGGUUUUCUUCUCUGCAGAGCAAGCAACAAAAUCCCAGUCUUCCCUGGGACACUGUGGACGCCAGUGUGAUUUUUCCAUUUGUUGUAUUCUAAUAUUGGACCAUAUCAUCACCAAGACCUUUCCAAUGCAAUACUGCCAACAUCUCGGCUUACUAACAUACUCUAACCCCUCGAUUCAUUCGCCGUGUAAACCUUUCCAAAGAACCAACCCUUCUUGUUUCGUUUGUCCUGUGUGGAGAUUCCCAUGUUGUCAAAUCCUUUUGUGGAUGCUUUGGCAUGCUUUAAAUUCCCUGAACAAAUGAACACAUUGGCCAGCGAAGAAAAAAAAUGAAAGCCUUUCUUGUGGCAACUCUUGCAGCUUCUUGUCAUCCUGUACAUGUGAAACCUCAACGAAGCCAACCGGUAAAACAUCUACAUGCAGAUUUAACAAUGAGUUAUCAAUUAGUUAAUCAUAGGAAAUAAAGAUCUUUUAAAUAUA